UUGGAGCAUCUUGGAGCGUCUUUUUCUUUUUCUUUGGAGGCAGAGACAUUGCAAAGGUCUGACGAGUCAUGGAGUUGUCACCUUGCCCAAUUGAAUUUGAAACUGAAGUGUUGGUUUCAGGGUCCUUGGAGAUUUCAUCUGAAAAGCUUGCUCGCGGCCUGUCCUGGCUGGCAACUUCGCUCAAGGAGCAGAACAAGAUCUUGGGCAGCCUGUGUGGACAGGUGGAUGCUCUGCAGGAGACUGCCUCGUUGCCACGCACUGAACCCCAAGAGAGGAGAAUGUCCAUGAAGGAUGAGAUGCUUUCCAUGCAGCUGAAUGCACUCAAGCACGAGGUGGGUGCGCUUCCGCAACCGGCGGAUCUGGAGCGACAACGAGAGCGUAUCAUGGCAGAGGUGCAAAGUGUGUCGAACUCUUUGUCCGAUCGGCAGAGGGAUUCGAACGAGCGGCUUCAGAAGGAUCUCGCAGACGCAACAGAAAGCCUUUGCAGCCAACUGGGACGAAUUGGUGAUAGUGUGUCAGCUAGGCUAGUGGUGCUGGAAAGCCACAUGGCUUCGCAGCCAGCUCUUGCUGCGGCAUCCAACCAAUCCAGAGUUGAACUGCCAGGUUCUGGAGUGCAGGCUCAAGUGCUGCCAGCGCUCGAUCCUCUGUCAGCAUCCAAUGUAGCAGCUGACGACACAGAGGAUCAAACUGAUGGGACUUUCGGGCCAGACUUGGCCGCUCAAACCACCAAUUUUGGCAACCUGUGUGCUGAUUUGAAUGCACUCAAUUCGCGGAUAAGUACACGUUUGGAAGCAUUGGAAAGGCAGCUUUCUGAGUUGGUGCCCCAACUGCAAGUACAAAAGUCUUUAGCUUGGCACGCUGACGGAGCUGGCAAGUCUCAAGAUGGGGCUGGGACAUCCGAGUCAUCUGCAGACCCAAGCCACGCCCGUGGCAGUGGACGUCUGAAUGACUCGCCUCAACCUGUUGGUGAAGGCGAAGUCUCUGAGAAAGCUUCGGUUGCAGAAGCUGUGACAGCAGCAGUUGAAGCAGCGAAGGAAGUUGCAACUGCUGAAGCAGUUAAAGCUGCAACUGCUGCUAUUUCAGCUGUCACAGUGAUAGCAGAGGAGGCAAAAGCUGCAGCUUGCGCAAAUUCAGAGAUGAUGGAAGCCAAAGAAAAGGACGGGGAAAGCAUUGCAGAAGCAAUUGCUUCUCUUGGCUCUCAGGUUGCCACUCUCCAGCAAUCAGUAGCAGCUUUGGCUGAAAGUCCAAACCAGGGAGCCAACACAGCAGAGGUUACAGUUCUGGGAGACGGGAAGGGUGAGAAGGCUGGUUCCAUGCGAACUGAAACCCCAGAGGGUCCAAUUGAGACGGACAAAGCGCAAACCUUGCAGCCUGACUCCGCAGGCAUCGUCAGAGCUGAAACCGUCACUGCGUCACUAUCAGAUCGAAUGACUGAAGUGGAAGCCUCAUUGGCAAAGCUGACAGCCGAGUUUUUCACCUAUCCAGUAGUUCAGGAAUUGCAAGGAGCAGUCAGAGCAGUCCCCCAGUUGGAGGCGUCGAUUUCUUCCUUGCAACUGGCACUGGCCGGAAUGGCAGCUCACGAAACUCUGACGACACAAAAAGCACUGAGUGCAGACCACCCAGAUGAAACUAGCACCCUUCCCGCAGCGAAAUCGGUCCAGCAAGGAAGUCGGCAUACAGAGGCAGAGGCGACACAGGCUGCAGAUACUCGUACAGCGCAGGCAGGACAAGCAGCAAAAAUCCCCGAACAAAGUGGAGCUGUUGCCAGUGCGAAGGACCUUUCUCGUCAAGAGGACAGCAGUCUGGCAAAGCUAGAAGAGCGUUUGAAGCACAUGGAGGAUCUCCAAGAAGCUGCAGAGAGGAGGAUUCUCCGCCUAGAGGGCCCAAAUGAGGCUCAAAGGAGAGUCUCCGCAGAAAAGCUGUCAGAUCGUGAAGGGUGGAGACCAUCAAAGAGUGAGCCUCCCUCAGGCGGCACCGUUGGUGGAUCAUGGAAAGAUGUUCAGGCGGAGCUGGAACAUUUCCGAAAGCUGUUUGAAUUCAUAGAGGGCGUCCUCCCACGAGAUGCUGCAGAAGCCAUGCGUUUCUUCAAUCGCCGCCAAUUAGGAAAGGAAGUGUUGUCAGAGAUGGUCUCGGAAGUUUUUGGUGCCGAUGUCGAAUUCCAGAAUGCGAAGUUGCAGCUUGAAAGCGAUUUCAGGGUGUACACGCGCGAACUGAGACGGGAGUUUGACAAGCUCACCUUAGCUCUGAAGGCUUUGCAGCGAGAAACGGAAGGCUCCGAAGGCAAGCUCUUGGAUUUAGCAAAGAGGACAUUCAAUCUGGAAAUGGAGGUGCGGACAAGCAAGAAGCCUCCCGAGGACACACCCCAAGUUUCCAGUGGAGAAGCAGGUGCAGACCUGAAGGAUCGAGCUGAAGCUGGGCAAGGCAGUGAAGAAAUGCAAAAGGCAAUACAGGACUUGCGCGAAGAAGUCAAACACUGGCUAGAGACUUUCAAAUCAAGUGUGAUUCAAGCUCUUCAGACAAAGCCAGACAAUGAGCAAGUGGUGGAGUUCAUCAAGCAGGUAGCUGCUGCACCAUCGGGUGAAAGCAUUGCCCUUUUUGCAAAGAGACAGCUGCUAGGUAAGUGUGCCUCUUGCGAGACUCCAAUUGAUGUUGACCUCUUGCGGGUGAAGCGUCCCCAGCCAAUAGGGUUGCAAGAACCAUGGCCACCUGGUGAAAGUCUUGGAGCCAAGGUCGCAAUCAGACCUUUGAAUACACCAGUGAGCCCAAGUUGCUCCUCCCUCUCGAGGCUUCCAAAGAUCCAAGAACCUCGCAUCCGGGAGCUUGCAAAGAAAGGAAUGAAGUCGAGUCCUUCUGCACCCGAAAUGCGCAAGGAGACUUCAGAGGCUUGACAGAGACAGCGCCAGGCGUGAGCACCAGAAAACAUUGGUGCUUUUGGAAGCUGAGCUUUGCUAAGUCACCUUCUCUGGGUCCGCUGAUAAUGGCCAUGGCUUUGGUGAUCCAGCUGCGAAGACUCCGCGAAGCACGCCAACAAAGAACCACCAAGUGGUUGUCUUCUUGGCGAUUCUCCGUAUGAACGCACGUUUUAGUGUGCAGUGAAAUCUUGUGGUUGCAGACUAAACAUGGC